AUGGCUGCGCUCUGAAUUUGCAGAAGAGAGGUGUUUCAAUCUCAGUCAGCCUGACAACCUAUUCUAGAAAAACCCUCAUUGUACUCUUUGUUUUAUUUUAACUGCUUUCUCAAUAGCGAAUCACCAACGAGUAUUUUGUUGCAUUUAACCCAGACUUCUGUGUUCUUCCACUAACUGCUUUGGUCGUUGCGUAUUUUAAGUUAAAAUUAAAUUGAGAGGAAGAAAAAAGGAACAUACGCAGGCUAGGGAUGUGCUUCAUUGACCCUGUGGGAGAAUUACUGAAAAGCAUGUGACCACAGCCUAACAAAGAUUGUGAAGAAUGAGUACGUCCACCUAACCUCAAACUGAGCCACAGUAUUUUCAGCUAGUUGUUUGAAGCUUGUCAUACAGAGAAACAUGCCACUGGGUUCGGAUAAACCAGGCUCCAGUGAGGAGGACAAGUUGAGUGAUUCCAGUGAGACCAGAAACAGAGCUGACACCUUAGAGCAAGCAUUAGGAGUUAGACAGCGCACCCCCAGCCCUCACCGAGGGAACACUCCACAAUCUAGUCCUAGAUUUGUGUCAGUGGACGAGCUGAUGGAGACGGCUAAAGGAGUCUCUAACAUGGCACUGGCCCAUGAGAUUGUGGUCAGUGGGGGAUUCCAGCUGAAACCUUCUGACCCAGUUGAAGGCAGUUUAGAAAAAAGAGUACAAGAUAUUGUGCACAAGGCAUUCUGGGAUUGCUUAGAAGCCCAGCUGGGGGAAGAUCCUCCAACUUAUGACCAUGCGAUUAAACUGCUGGGAGAAAUUAAAGAGACCCUUCUGUCAUUCCUACUGCCUGGCCACAGCAGACUGAGGAAUCAGAUUAACGAGGUUGUGGAUCUGGAUCUGAUAAAGCAGGAGGCAGAGAACGGAGCACUGGAUAUUAACAAAGUAGUGGAGUUUAUUAUCAGCAUGAUGGGAACGCUGUGCGCACCAGCACGGGACGAAGAAAUCAGGAAACUCCGGGACAUCACAGCAAUUGUUCCACUGUUCAAAGCCAUUUUUUCAGUCCUGGAUUUAAUGAGGAUUGAUAUGGCUAACUUUGCUGUAAGCAGCAUUAGACCACAUCUGAUGCAGCAGUCUGUUGAAUAUGAGAGGACAAAAUUCCAGGAAUUCAUUGAAAAACAACAUAAUGCCUUGGAUUUUACCCAAAGAUGGUUAGAAGAAGCAGCCAACUGUCUUGUAAACGCUGGAGCAGAAGCCGCCCUUGCCUCUGCUGGCCCUGCGUUCUGUCCUCUCACUGUGCACAACUGUGCCUACAUGAAUCUGCUCAGAUGGAACCACAGGCACACACCUUUCCCUGAAACUCUAUUAAUGGAUCAAAGCCGCUUUGAAGAAAUGCAGAUGGCUCUGGAACAACUGACCAUAGUAGCAGCAGUGCUUCUGAGCACAUACAACGUCACUGGGGCUGCAUUAUCUGGCCUUCCAGGGUUUGCAGACAAACUGAAGAGGGUUGUGAAAGUUCUGUUGGCAGGCAUGCACAUUCCCUCCUUCAAUAUGAGUGAAACCUUGGCUACUAUUGGUGAAAAACUCUGUGUUGAGGUUAACAGCUGCUUGUCCCAGCAUGGAUUCACUCAACUUUCUGCUGACAAAGUUGCUAUUCUGAAAGGGCAGACCCAAGCAGUGGUAAAACCAGAUAACUCAAUACGCAAACUCAUAGAUUCUCGCAUACAGACCUUCCUAAUGUCUUACCUUGACUCAAGCCAUCAGAAAUCAAUUCCAGUUGUCCCAGGUGGUCUUGCCCCAAUUCAGAAAGAACUGGAGGAAAUAGCUGUCAAAUUCAGCCGUCUUGUCAACUACAAUAAGAUGGUUUUUGCACCACACUAUGAGAAAAUUCUUAAAGAGAUCCUCAGUAAGGACAAGUCUCAUUCAGUGGGAAAAUCUGCAGGGCAAGGAUGAACAUUAAAACUGGGUAACUUGUUCUGCCAAUCUAACAAUUGGGGAAUUCUCCAUUUCACAGUUGGACUAAAAAGCAAAUUAGACAAAUGUUUCAACGAGAAGUUUUUGUCAAACUCCUUCUUGUUACAACAAAACCUUCCUGUUGAAAAAACAUUUGUCUCAUGUUUUUUUUUUUUUCAGUACUCUUGUGCAUUUUAGGAUUGAGUACAUUUUCAAUUUGAAAAACCUGGGGAUGAAACAUUGUACCAGCAAGAGUUAAGAUUGUACUUGAAGUUAUUGUCUAGGACCAGAGAUCAUUUCAACUAGUUAUCCUAAACAACCAUAAACUUAGACUGAACUGGAAAAAGCACUUAGCAUCUCUCUGGGCAGUAAACAUUAUUAUGCAGUUUGGUUUUCUUUGCAGAAUUAUCAGUACCCACAUUAUACUGUAGAAUAGCUGAAAGGGUAUACUUGGGGCUUCCGUUUUUCGGUUUUUAUUAAUUUAAUUUUUCUGUGCUAAUUUUUGGCUAUUUUUGAGUUA